CAAGCAGCAGGAGCAGACAAAAAGCCCAUGAAGAAAGCACUCAAACCAACUGAUGUAGCUGCUUGUGACCUCUCUCGCAUCACUUUCACUGCCAAAAUGCCAAAUUACUGGAGUAGUAGCCAAUCUUGUUCUUCUUCUCCAAUUGCGACCAGCCGGUUUUGAAAGUUUCUCGCUGUUAGUUAGUUAGUUAGUUAGUGCUACCAACCAGCAGUAAUGCAGCAGCUUUGAUGUAGUUUGAGAUGCAGCAGCAGCUAAAGCUAAAGCCCGACACAACCUAACACAAACAGUGCCGGCUUGGCUUGAGCAAUCAGCACUAGAGAUUCAGCUUCAGCUUGGCUCCUCUUCCUCCUACUACAUUUGAUGCAUUAAUUAUUGGAGAGUGCGGUCUCCUCUCCUCCCUCCCUGCUCGCGCUCUCAGUCUCCCCCAUCCCCAAUCACCUUACUAGCUUAGUAGCUUUGUGAAUCAAUCAAGGCCAGGGUUUGAUCAGAUCAUCCUUCCCUCCCAUUUGCCCAUGCCUUGGCUUUGAUCCGACCAGGCAUGGAGGGCGGUGGCACGAGGACGCGCCGUCGCGCCGCCACCGCGAGCCCUGGACGCAACAAGGUCUGGGUCGAGCCACCGGGCAAGACUCAUCACCUGCGCUCGCCGCCCCCGCCCCCUUCCCCGUCCUCCUCAAAGAGGGUGGCCGUCGUCUACUACCUCUGCCGCAAUCGCCAUCUCGAACACCCCCACUUCAUCGAGGUGCCACUCGCCUCACCGGACGGCCUCUACCUGCGAGAUGUGAUUAACCGCCUCAACGUGCUGCGAGGGAAGGGCAUGGCGGCAAUGUACUCAUGGUCGUGCAAGAGCAGGAGCUACAAGAAUGGCUUCGUGUGGCACGACCUAUCCGAGGACGAUCUCGUCCUGCCCGCGCAAGGGAACGAGUACAUCCUCAAGGGCUCCGAGCUCCUCGACCGAUCACCGCCAGAUCGACAGCAGAAUGGCGUUGGCGAGCCCAAGGUUGAGACCCUCAAGCACCCUCCAGAAGAGUCCCCUCAUUCGCGAGGAUCGCAAGAAGGGUGCUCCUCCUCAUCAUCUCCAUCUGCUGUUACAAAAGAGGCCUCCCCACCACCCCCUACACCACAGCCACAGCAGCAGGCACAAUCGGCCACGUUGCUGCCUUCAUCGUCAGCUUCUACUAACCGUGAGGAUGACCAAUGCCGGACUCCGCGCUCUGGCUCAUCUGGAAACAUGUCCCCUGAACCGGCAGGAAGAGUUGCUCCUCCAUUAUCAGAGGCAAGCUCUCCAGGACCUUUAGAGUACAGAGUUUGCAAGCCCAUCGGAGCCCAGGACGCAUCCACACAGACCGACGACAGUGAGAGGGAUGCUCCUGAGAGGAAUUCUCGUAUGGCAGGAGUAUGUACAGAGAAUAGUACAUCAGAUUCUGAGAUUCAGGAAUGUCAUCCAAGGAGCACACAACCAUCUCCAAAGGGUCCUGGAGUUGUUCGAGAAUCACCACCGGUGUGCUCCUCUGACGCUUCUCCAGGUGGUAGAGUUGAGACCUUGGAGUCCCUGAUAAGGGCCGAAGCCAGUAGGAGGAGUAGCUUUAGGGCGCUAGAGGAGGAACAUCUCUUUGCCCCAAUGGGUGUAAAGUUCAAGCCUGCCAAUUUGCUCAUGCAGCUGAUCACUUGUGGCUCUAUUUCUGUUAAGGAUCACCGGAGCUUUGGGCUCAUCCCAACAUACAGGCCUCGGUUUACACAAGUUGAGUUUCCUUCUCCAAUGUUCUCUACUCCUUUGGCAUUGCGACACCUCGACAACAUUCCUUGUAAUGCUAGAACAAUUGGAAUGAGAAUUCCAGAAUCAGAAUAUUUCAGUGGAAGCUUGGUCGAGACAAAGAAGCAGGAUGAGUCAGGGAAAGGAGGAACACCAACACUUAAACGCUCAUCAUCUUGCAGUGAGGACAGAGUCUGUAGAGUAUCGGAUUCCAACAGGGACAUGGAAAGUAUGGCUGAAUCAGGCAGCUUCAGAUGUCUGCCACAGACAAUCAAAAUGAUAUCAUGUAAGCAAUCUAGAAGUGGAACAAUAUUGUCUCCCAACUCGGAUGUGAGGAACAGCUGUAGUCGACAAGAGUGUAGUACUAGAUCCUCACCACUUGGUUCAUCAAAAAGUGCAAGCAAUAGGAUGACUGAUUUAUCACUUGGUAAACUAUCUUCUUCAAGGGUGGAAUCAUUCCAUGAGGAAAAGGAGAAGGUGAUCAAGAUAGAAGAAAGCUUGCUUCUGGAGCUCGGGUUAUAAUCCAAUCUUCACCCUUGUGUGAAGAGAGUGAUGACAGCACUGAAUCACUGUAAGGGGCUGUGAUUUUGUUUUCCUUUUGUUUUUCUGUGAGCUGGCUCAUUGUAAUUUGGUGUGUGUCUCAAUAGUUCUGGGAGUAGCUUCAAAGUGCAAUUUUAUUCAUUUUAUGACAUGUGUGAUAUUCAGCAAUCAAUUUAUUACACCUUCACGAAGAAUUUAUUGCCUCAAAUUUUCAGCA